CUUCUCUUGCACGCAGCACUGCUUCUGUUCUUUGCGGGUCUUGUUGCCUUUCUCGUGCCCAUCAACGUCAUCAUCAUGGGCAUCUCCUCCGCUCUUCUAAUCCUCUUCGUCUCGGUCUAUGCGACGUUCACUGCACACCCGCUGUUUUUCCUCGACAGUCCGUUCCAGACACCCCUCACGCGAAUCCUCUGGUCGCUGAAUCAGAGCUUGGGGCGCGCGCUGAGGGUUUAUAUUUCGAGGGCAAUGCCUGUUUGCAAGGCCUACAUCCGAGCCAAAGUCGCGCUGCCAGACCCCGAGAAAGCCACGGAAUCUGGUGUGACGAGCUCUGACGUCUCUGACGAGGCUUCUCUCCGUGAAGACACGCAUCCGCAGUCCCAGAGCAUGAUUGUAGCGGCGAAAUCAGCUGCACUACAUCCCACUGUUAAGACGGAGACGCGGGCUCUUGCGUGGACCGUCCGGUCUCAAUCUGAUGACGAUGAUCUUGAGCGGCUGGUCGAGGGGCUUCCCGCGCUGUGGGAUUUCGAUCGACACCAGCCUCGUGCCGUGUAUGCGGCGCAUUUCCAUAACUUGUUGCGGGAUCCACAAAUCCAUCUCUGCUAGCGUCUGGCUGAUUUCA